AUGGCGGUGAGCUUGACUACGCUACUGGUGCUCUACACGCUCUUCAGCAACACCUCCGACGCCCUCCCCACCACCGCUUAUGUCAAGCUGGUUGACGUGUGGUUCUUCUUUUGCAUCUUUCUUCUGUUCUUCAUCAUCGUUUUACACACGGUGGUGGAGCACCAGGUGAACAUGUCGGAAAAUAAGAUGUUGACGCAGGUGCUGCCCUUCGAUCCCAGGAGAACGAUAGAGAAGAGCAUGAGACCCACGUCUCCCGAGGCGGAGAAGACCCUCUGGUGGUCCAGGUAUGUCGUCAUUCCCGGCAUCAUCUUUCUCUUCAAUGUCAUCUACUGGGGUCUCGUCUUCAGUAAGUCAUUCUAA